AUGGCCGGAAGCGGAUGGCGGCGCGCGCGGCUUCCGGUUCCGGAGCAGGAGGACGGUGCCCGUGCCGGUGGCGGCGGUGCCCGUGUCCGCGGGGGCGAGGCGGAGCCGGUGGUGUCCCUGGUGGACGUGCUGGCCGAGGACGAGGAGCUGGAGCAGGAGGCCUGCGCCGUGCUGGGCGGCAGCGACUCGGAGAAGUGCUCCUACUCGCAGGGCUCUGUGAAGAGACAAGCGCUCUACGCCUGCAGUACUUGCACCCCCGACGGAGAAGAGCCGGCAGGAAUUUGCUUAGCCUGCAGUUACGAGUGUCAUGGAAGUCAUAAGCUGUUUGAGCUGUAUACAAAAAGAAACUUCCGCUGUGAUUGUGGAAACAGCAAGUUCAAAAAUCUGGAGUGCAAAUUACUUCCUGAGAAAGGACUCUUGAAUUCGGGCAAUAAAUAUAACGACAAUUUUUUUGGCUUGUACUGCACUUGCAAGAGGCCCUAUCCUGAUCCUGAAGAUGAGAUCCCAGACGAGAUGAUCCAGUGCGUAGUUUGUGAAGACUGGUUCCAUGGAAGGCACCUCGGUGCAGUUCCCCCUGAGAGUGGAGAUUUCCAAGAGAUGGUGUGCCAGGCUUGCAUGGAUCGCUGCUCUUUCCUGUGGGCUUAUGCGGCCCAGUUAGCAGUACCUCCAGUAACCCGAACGGGGCCAGCUGACGACGACGACAGGGUUCUCCUCGACGUCGAGGGAACGGACGACCGGAAAGCCCACAAGACCGAAAGUGGAGAAGAUCCCGAAGGCGUCUCUAAAGCGAGCGGCGUAGAAAAGGGAAAAGGUCCACAGGAGGAGAACGCCGUCAAGGAGGAGGAGAAAGCGGAGCCGUGCAGCGAGCCGUCUACUAGCUCUGGCUCGAAACCUCACCCACAGGCAGCUCCCAAGAGGGAAGAGCAGACGUCGGGGUCCCGUUCCACCUGCAAGCUGCAGGAGCUGAGAGCCCGGUCGUACGGAAAGCAAGGCACAGCCACCUAUUGGCCGCUCAACUGGAGGAGCAAGUUAUGCACUUGCCAAGACUGCAUGAAAAUGUAUUCCGAUCUGGAGGUCCAGUUCCUGACAGAUGAGUGUGACACAGUCCUGGCUUACGAAAACAAAGGCAAGAACGACCAGGGAACCGAGAGGAGGGACCCUCUAAUGGAUACUCUUAACAGCAUGAACCGAGUCCAGCAAGUGGAACUUAUUUGCGAGUACAAUGACUUAAAGUCAGAACUUAAAGAUUAUCUCAGGAGAUUUGCUGAUGAAGGAACGGUGGUUAAAAGGGAGGACAUUCAGCAGUUCUUUGAAGAAUUUCAGUCGAGAAAGAGAAGACGGCUGGAUGGGAUGCAGUAUUACUGCAGCUAGUGUGGGAUCUGAACAAGCGUUUUUUUUUCCCCCCUCGGGGUCAAAUGGGAAAGCCCCCUUUUCCACAGUCGAGGGGCUUUGCUUCUUACAGUCGGGACCUUUUGUCAGAAUGCCACUCUCGAAGUCUCAUCCAACUUAACCCCUUCUUACUCUCAUUCUUCACGACUUUGAUAACUUGAAUGUCUCUCCUAUCUCGACCGUUCGGCGUGGCUUAGUUAAACAGAACACCUGCUUAUCCAGUCCCUCCCACCCGGCGUCGGUUCUUGUUUGAUUCGGGUCCGAGACUUGAGCGUGGUUCCUCUUUGACGGCCCAUCUUUUUGGGCGGUCACCGUCGGUCGUUGCGCUCAAGGGCGUGAACUCCGUGGCAGUUGUCAGGGCACUGUCUCUUGCAUCAGCCGAAAUGCGUUGUGGUGGCCUUAACUCAGAGUAUCCGUGUGGGCAGGGUGCCCCGGUUUCAAGCGCCUUGAAUAUCCCAUCGAUGCCUGAUCCCACUCCUCCCAGUUGGACACACCUCAGAGGACACCCAGGUCGACCUCCGGACACCUGAACCAGCCCAGACCAGGUGUUUGUGCAGUUUUCAUCGUGGCUUACGACAAGAGGGCCAGUUGUCAGAGCAGUUGGUCUCAAGAAGCCUCGAGUAAUCGGGCGUUCGAUUGAUGCAUUUUAAAAUGAUACUUUUAAUUUUACCUGCACUGCCUUGGGCAUUUUAAAGAUUUACUAGUGUCAGCAUAGUCCUUCCCAAAGACAGGUUGCCAGUGGGAUUCCCCCCUUCUCUGCCGCCUCUUAGUAAGAGUCCUCUUCCACCCCCGAGAAGGCUUGGGGGCUGUUUACAAAAAGUUUUUUGGAUUUUGAAUAUUAUCAGGGAUAUUCCUGGGUCUAGGUUUAAAGUUGACCCCCUUUGCCAUUGUGCUUUGGACACUACUAUCAGGCCCCAGGAAGGCGGUCUUUUAGGUGAGUUGUCCCCUCCGGAACCAACACUGAAGAAAAAAAACACACCCGAUUAUCAUCACUUGCGGGGGUUUUGAGAACAGAAGAGGGUGGUGCCUCUGGCAGAGGAUGGCGAUUCAAAAUCACUCUUGCUCGGAGAUGUAGUUCGUGUUAAUGGGCCGGCCCGCCCUCGGAGCUAUCGUUUUGACGUUCCUUUGUCCGCACAAGACCUAAACUUGUCGGAUGUGUGACAUGAGGCGCAAAGAGAGGUUUAUCCAUCUGGUAGGAGACUUAAGACUCCCGAGGCCAUUUGGGAAACCUAGGGAGACCAGUGCAACGCCAUAGAAAAGGAUAAUCUUUGUGUGCCCAAAGUCAAGAUCUUCUCAACCACCCCUGCACACGUAGAUUAAACCAUUCUCUUGCGGUGUCAUAGUUGAACCUCAAAGGAACUCUGCUUUAUAAUGUAAAAACCACACACGGUCAUUGGUGUGUGUUUGGACUUUUACAUGCACAUUUUGUGCAUGUAGAGGGAGGCACUUCAGUUCUCCAGCACCUAGGGUUGGCCAAAGGCGUGACUGCCAUCUGCCCCAGAUAUUUGGAAGGAUAGGUACUCUUAAUUUAGUAAAAGGCAUCGUAGUACAUGCCAAAUCCAUGAAGCCUUUACCCUCUGUGGGCGCAUGUGUCGAAGAGGAUGCAUACAGGUAUCUCCUCGGUCCGUGUAAAUAAGAGGCUUCUCCGUCGUAAAUUGGGCCCUGCCGGAGGACACGUGAAUUUGUUUAAUUCAUUCGGGUAAAUUAGCCCGUGUCCGUUGGUCCUGGCUGAAGGGAAAUCAGGUUAGGAAUAAGCUUCAUCUGUUGUCUUUUUGUUACAAGUUCCUUGGGAGUGUAUAAUUCAGGGAGCUUGAAGGUGUCUUCGGCAGGUCGGGGUUUAUAUCGAGCACUUAAUACAGUGCUCUGCACAUAGUAAGUGCUCAGUAAAUACGAUUGAUUGAUUGAUUGAUAGCAGGGGGAAGUAGAUGUGGAUGGCUGAUCCAGCUGGAUGGGACCCAGGCGGGCUGGUAAAAAUUUGCCUCUUACCUGCAAGGACAUACCAUUAGGCUACUGUUUAGUACAGCUACUUACUAAAUGGCUGGGGCCCGUGCCUUACUACCAGGAGAAAUUUACAUGGCAGGAUGGAAGCAAACCUAUCUACAUUACUGUGUGCCGGGCUUCGAACAAAUCACCACUUGUGUUGAGGGCUUGUUUCCUGAAGGGUACUGCUCUUGCUUCGGCAUUAACCAAAAAACCUCUUAACUAUUGUUCGCUACAACUUUUCCUACUGAUCUUAUUGGACCAUCUCUCCUGCAGAGACUGAUUUUGGCCAAAAUUCAGAUGUUCUCAACGCAUAUUGGAAGAGAAGACAGGAACACAUGCUAGUUGCAUUUAAAAGACGAAUAAUAAAUUCCGGUUAUCGUAUGUGCAUUUUUGUAGAAAUUGUUACUGGAACUGCAGUUACCUAACUCCAAUCGAGAUAGUGCAAAAAUUUAAAUAAAAUGGCUUCAGACAAA